AAGCAGAGAUAUGAAAGAACAGCAGUGGGUAGUCACAGGCCAGAAACGAACAAAUGAUGAUCUGACAUUUUCUUCAACAGUUUCUCAACUCCGAUUAGUCUCCAAAAUUCGAUAAAAAUGGAUAGGUUCUUAAUCCAACCACUAAUUGCUGUCUUAAUCUCUUCUUUCAUUGCUAUUAGAGCUUACAGGAGAAAAUCUCUCGACUUGUCCGGCGCCCUCGCCGGCUUUCUUGUUAUGACAAUUCACUUCGCAAUCAAUUACAGAUUUGGAGCUAUAUUGCUUGCGUUCUUCCUCUCUUCAUCGAAGCUUACGAAAGUUGGGGAGGAGAAGAAGAGACGUUUUGAUGCUGAUUUCAAGGAGGGCGGACAAAGAAAUUGGAUACAAGUUCUGUUUAAUAGCGGUAUUUCUGCUGUUUUGGCUGUGCUUAUUUGGAAACUGAGUGGAUGGGAGGACAAGUGCUUGGACACAAAAGAAUCAACUGUUAUCACAUCUUUAAUUGGUGGUAUUAUUGGUCAUUAUUCUUGUUGCAAUGGAGACACUUGGUCUUCAGAGCUGGGGGUGCUUAGUGAUGCCCAACCUCGUUUGAUCACAACCUUUAAGCCUGUUCGGAAGGGUACAAAUGGCGGUGUGACAAUGCUAGGACUUGUAGCAGCUGCAGCAGCAGGAAGUGUUAUUGGUCUCACAUUUGUUCUCUUUGGAUUUUUCACAACAAAAUGUGAAUAUGAUGUAGCUUUGAAGCAGCUCUUGGUUGUACCCCUUGCUGCAAUGGCAGGAUUAUGUGGGAGUCUCAUUGAUUCCCUAUUGGGAGCUACACUGCAAUUCAGCGGAUUCUGCACUGUUCGUAAGAAAGUUGUUGGAAAACCAGGACCAACAGUGAAGAAAAUUUCGGGGCUUAACUUUCUCGACAACAAUGCUGUGAAUCUUGUUUCAAUACUGUUGACAUCAUUGCUGACUUCUAUUGCCUGUUUAUACAUUUUCUAAACUGAUAUCUUCAGUCAAGUCUUUUGUUGUGAUCUUGAGAUUGCAGACCCCAAUUAUGCUUUUGCAACUGAAUAAUGUAUCAAUUGUAAGAAGUUUUAAUCUAGCCAUUUUGAAGCUUGUUGAUGCUAA